CCAUGAAUUUAAAAAUAAGUGCGUCAAUAGUCGACUGUCGAGAAUGAGAGUUUGAUUAUCGAAUACAGUCAAUAUUGCAAAUGCGAGAUUCGAUGUAUCGAUAUCAAAGAGAAAAAACGGAAACCAAACAAGCUAUUUUGAAAUCUUUUGUGUUCUGUGAGAUUAUCAGAAUGACGGCAUCAGUUGCAACAAACCCUUCUACUCUUCUUCCUCUGGAAUUGGUGGACAAGUGUAUCGGAUCAAGAAUUCACAUAAUUAUGAAAAAUGACAAGGAAAUCGUGGGAACCCUACUGGGGUUUGAUGAUUUCGUCAACAUGCUGCUAGAGGAUGUUACAGAAUAUGAAUCUACCCCUGAGGGUAGACGAAUUACAAAACUCGACCAGAUUCUACUCAAUGGAAACAAUAUUACAAUGCUUGUUCCUGGAGGUGAUAUGCAGGGAGAUUGAUUGGUUUUAUAAUGAAUACUUGCCGAAUGCCAUUCAAGUUCAUUUUAAGUUACUGUAAGUUUUGUAAAUUAUCAUUUGUAAGGUUAAUAAUCGGUUAUAAAAUAAAACAGUUGGAAAAGUA